GGCCCACCUCUCUCUCCCUCUCUCAAAAUACACACACAAACACUUUAAUAAUUUCAUGUUACCUCCACUUUGACGAUUUCCAAAGCACAAUUUUCCCACUCUUUAAGCUUCCAACUUCUCUUUGAAAUGUCAAAAUAUUUGCGUGUGUUGACUCUUCCCACUAGCCUGAGACGUUUCCGGUGUCGACAAAUUUAUUUUGACUGAAGCAGACAAUCCAAUUUGUGUAAAAAAAAUUGUGAAGCAGAGAUCUACCCUUCCUUCACCAUUAUCAGACCCCAUUCACUAGAUCUACCCUUCCUUCACCAUUAUCAGACACCAUUAGCAGAGAUCUACCCUUCCUUCACCAUUUUCUUACCUUGCUCAACAACAAUCACCCACCUAACUGUGAAUCAAUGGCACUGGCGGUCUAAAAGUUUAUCAGAUUAAUGUGCACUCCGACCACCGUCGAUUUGCACUUCGACCCCAAUACCUACACCUAUUACGAAUUAGGGGAGGAUUCUCUAGUUGUGAUGAAAAACACCCUACCAUAUAAACCACCACUAACACCACCAUCAUCGUUUUCAAUAUGCAAUUCAAGAAUUUGUAUAGAUAAGAAGAAAGGUGCACAACAACAAUCACCUACUCUCCUCUCCACUAAACUAGGUCUUCUCAACAUCCGUCGGAAAUCACUGGACCUCAACCCACUAUCAUCGAACCUGCACUCUUCUGGUGAAUCGUUGUCGGAUGUAUAUCUUGAUCUUGUUUACAAGAAAAAAGUGAGAAUCGUUUGUUUGAGAAUGGAGAAAUCAAAGGAAUCGAUUGUUUGCAAGAAAGAAUUCGGAUCUCUGAUGUUGGAAUCUGAUGUUGAAAUGGAUUAUGAACAAGGUUUGUAUCGGCGGUGGAUUUGA